CGUUCGGGCCGCGCGGCUGUUUUUAAACCUUGGGUUUGGUAUAUCAUGCAGUCAUCAACGAGCUCGAGUUCUGCCGGUUGUGGUACUUGCAAAUUCUGCAAGUCAAAUAAAAAAUGUCAAACAUUGAUACCUCAAAACUUUAUGAAGGUGGUGGAGUCAAGCAUCAAUCACAGGCCUAAAAGUUUCUUUGUCAUUAUGGAUGGCUUGACUUUUGGUAACCUCGCUUCAAUUCCUUUCGAUCCUGUCGUCGAUCCUGGUCCAUACGUCUGCUUCAACUGUUGGGAAAGCGGCCACGCUCAUGUGGAGUGCACCCAGCCAAAGCUCCAACACUUCUGUCAAAACUGUGGACGUAAAGGUGUGAUAACAAACGACUGUCCAAGGUGUGCUUCGUCUUAUUUGGAGUUUAUUGGCAUGCAAAAAAUGAAAUUUGGAUGUCACAAAUCUAGCCAUGGUUAUGAAGAAGUCAAGCAGAUUUUGCCGUUUGAAUUUCAAGUGUACCUGAAUCAUUUCCACGACGUGGAGUCGAUUCCCUUUGACAUCGAGGUGGAUGUACCUGCUGGUAAUUGUAUCAAUUGCUUGGAACCUCGACAUCCCAAAUCUAAAUUAUGUGACAAUUUUCGAAAUGGCGACUAUUGUUUCAACUGUGGACGAAGUGGCGUACGAGUAUACACCUGCCCCCGUUGUGGCCAUGCAUAUCCGAGUUACAAGAAAAAAAGGGACAGAACUCUUGGUUUUGAUACAGCGAAAACUAAGACAAAAAAUCGUUUAGCAAUUUGUGGAGCUGAUGAUGAAACAUCAAAUUUAUUGAUUCGCCCAACUCACUAUUCAGUCAAAAAGUCUGUACCAAGCCCUUACAAUUUAUACUUUAAAGCUCUUAGAGAUAUAGUCAUACAAAGCGUAGAUGACAUUAAGUCAUCAACAUCUCCUAAACAGCGCGUGGAAAUAACCGACUUAACCGAUUCAAUAAAUGGUACAAAAAGCACAGUAAGCAGUGGAAUCGGUGAAGAAUAUCUAUCGGAUGAAGAGGAUGAAGAUUUAGACCAAAUCAUCGUAGACGAGAAUGAAAAACCUCAGCUGGAUCGACCUCCUAGCGAGGGAGUUCAAGCGUUUUUGAACCUGAUGGAUGCUGUUAAAUACCUUCCAAUUGACACUCAGAGCAGCGUUGCAUUACAGUUUGUUAGAAAAAGGCGCGUAUUGUUGAAUGAGAAAAAGGAAAAAAAUACUUAACAAAUGCCAAUUACUGGAAAUAUGUGAUUGCAAGUAAAGUUAAUAAGACAUUGCUAUCAAUUAAAGUGAAUUUCGUUUGAAAGAAAACUCUUAUCUUCGACAUUGUGAAUCUCCAAUUGCUUUAUUAUAAUUGCUAUUAAAUUGUACUAAGUUGAUGUAUACCAUCUACGGUAUUAAUUUAUCAUUUAUAACUUUAUGUCUAGCAUGAAUUUUACUUUUUAUAGGUUUAUGAAGUAUCUCAAUGUAACAACUAAAGUAAUCAUCUAAUUUUGUUAAAAUUGUAACAACUUGUUGAAAGCAAAAAUUAUUUGCAUGAUUAUUAUAUAUAGAUGGAUUGUUUGUAAAGCGAUGCGUAAAAUUAGUAUACUUCAAAUAUCUUUUAUCGUAUUGUCAUGUUGAAAAUCAUUAUAAUAGAAGUCAUAAAUUUCAAAUAGAUAUCAAGUUUGAAUAAGUGUACUAUUUGUAAAGUGAUAUCCAUUUUAUUAAACUGUUUAAAAUCUGUUAUUACGUUCUCUCGUAAAAUAAAAAUAUUAUGAUGAUUUAAACAGGAUAUUAAAGAAAUAUUAAAUCUCACAUGGGAAAACGAGCACUUUCAACAAUGUUACUACGGAUAAAAUCAAAGAAAAUACCAGGGCAUAUGAAUCAAAUGAGCAUAAUAAAUACAAAUACAUUAAAAGAUGACAACGGUAAAUUAGUUAAUAAUUGAGGCAAGCCUUAUUUAUUUAUUCAAGCAUCACAUUUAUAUUAGAGCAUAUUGUUUAGAGGAAAAUGAUGAAUUGUUGCACAUGUCUAAAUCCCCCCCUAAAUUUAAGCAUACUAUUAUAUAAUUUUUUUAGAUUGGGAAUCAAUUUUUUCACGAUAAGAAUCUAAGUGAGCAAUGCGAUCACAAUAAUUAAAAAGUUUAGAUAUUUCCUAUGUGGAAUUGAAUGUAGUCUUUGUUAUUAUAUGAAAAAUUUAUUUAUUUAUUGAAGAGUUUAGUAGAAUAUUCAAUUGUUCUGAACACAUAAAUUAAUCAAUUUUUGUUUCUAAUCUUUCAAAACUUCGAUGAUUAAUUAUUGCAAUAGUUCAGUCAAUCAAUAGUAUUAUGUAACGGUAAUUUCAUUCAUGUUUUGUAAACAAUUCCCAAAAAUUAAUUAAUGUCUUACUAGAAUUUGGUUAUUUAAUAUACUCAGAAGAGAAAUAAAGAUUAAAGUUAGGCAAAAUAAGUAACGAAUAACGAUAAUUUUUAAUCUUUAAGUAUACAUAAAGUCUCACAAUUGAUUAGUGAAUUAUAUAUAACAUUUUUAACAUAUUUGAUUAUUCAUAAUAUUUAUUAUUUAUUUGGAUAUUAAUUUACUAAGUAUUUAAUUCUAUCGUUAAUAAUUGCUAUUUAUUAACUGAUAAAUCAUUGAUGUUUUAGAAAAACGUAUGUUACAAAUGUUAUGGGAAAGUUUUUAAGAUAUUACUAUUCUAAUUUGCUCAAUAUUGUUGUAUUCUUUACUCUAACUUGAAUCAAAAUUUAAGACUCGUAAUAGUAUUUCCACAAAAGAAUUGCAGAAUAGAAUGAAGCGCAAGAUGGUGAUAUUUAAUUAUUAUAUCUUACAUCGACUAUUUCUGUUACUUAAUAAGUAUUGUAUUGUUAUGAUAAAAACAAUUUUAGUUAUUAUUUCUCCUUUUUAAUGUAUUUUGUAAGUAAUUUUGCUAAACUACUUUCAAAUUAAAAAUUGCAUGUAAUCAAACAAGUAGGAUAUAUGUAAUAUUAAAAGAUAGC